GAAAUCGAUUUUUAUCGAUAUUUUCCACAAAUUUAAAGGAAGAUGUCKGCUAAUGAUUCACAAAUAGGUCCGCCAUUACGAUCACGUCCAAGCAGCUACGAUUACUUCGACAUUGACGACGUUAUCGCAACACAGGAAAAGAUUCCCUGCAGACUCGAAGUUCAAAUUCACAAUCUCGGCUUUCUAGACCCGAGUUCUGAAGGAGARCACUUAGCUUCUGGAUCUAAACAAGAGCUACCUUAUUGGCUAGCCAAGGAACUGUGUAGCAGAAGAAGAAGAGUGGUUUCUGUAGAGCUGCCAAAAGUUUAUAAAGACGCCUAUCGAGAGAUUUUGAAAGCUGAUGCUUGCGUAGUUGACCUCCAUAAAUAUGGACCACAUUUUUAUGAUAUUGGGACAAAACUGAUGCAUUUUGAUGAUGAUGAGAACUCUAUGGUAAUAAGAAGUCUACAAGAGACAUUCAUCAAAAGGUUUAGAAAGAUAAUGGAUUCAUCACAAAAUUCACCCCAUGAAGAAACGUCAGCACUGACAAGUAGACUUGACAACACUGAAAAACAGAUAUUCGCUGCUGGGAAAAAAGGAAUUAAAGAUUUCCUUCUUUGGGAGGCAGGUCAAAUGUCAAAGCUUACRACAUCUGAAACUGUUGUCAGUCAUAGAAAAAGAAAGAGAUCAGCUCUUGAAUAAGAAGCCUGACAAAUAACUUUUUUUUAAUCUUUCUUUUUCGGUGAUAUUACCAAAUGGACCAAAUUGAUUUUAGAGAAACUUUCUUCGUUGUGAAUGAUAAACUAAGCAAAAAACAUGCCUUGCUCACUAUGCUGUACAAGGUCUGUGAGCAAAUAAUAUGGUAACUAAGUUUCCACUGGACUCAAUGAAAACUGCAUUCUAAGGUGACUCGAAUGUACCCUCCACCUACAAAGCAGUCAUUCUGGACAAACGUAAGCAGAAUUACAUCAAAUAGAAAGUAGUAAAUGGCUAAUGAUAUCCUUUAUCUAAUACAUGCAUCAGUACUUUCAGAGAACAAUGCAUCCGCCAUCUUGAAAAGUGGGACUCGAAUCACUAAAUUGUA